GGGCAGCCCCACGGGGACAGAGCCGUGGGGCUGAGGCACGGGAUGAGGAGCACCAAGUGCCAGCUGAUGGUUGCCAGCCUCUGUGUCGCGCUCCUGGGGCUGUCCAUUGCUACGCUGAGCACGGUCACCUGCUAUGGGCUUCACUUCUCCAUCAUCAGCAACGCCGCCCUCGAGAGCAGCUCCUACCGGGCCAUCCACCACACAGCUUUCUACGCCGGCGUCUUCCUCAGCAUGACCCUGAUCCUCGCGGCCCUGCUGAGCGCGGCCGCCACGGUGCGGGAGUCUCGGUGCCUCACGGCCACGGCAUUUUUCUGCUUUGCUCUGGCCUUCUGUGGGAUGAUACUAGCUCUCUGCUGGAGAUACGUGCACAGCACAGAGGUGGAGGACAGUAUGCUGGACGUGUAUGACCUUGUGUAUGAGGAGGUGAGGAGGAAUGGCUCCAGCUCCAAGAGGCACGAGCUGACUCUCAUCCAUGAAGUAUUUCAGUGCUGUGGGAAGCACUCCCCACUUGGAGACACAGCUGCUGUUCAGCACACGAUGUGCCAUCCUGGCACAGCAUGGGCUGCUGGACAGGACUGCCUACAAGAGAUACAUGGCUUCCUGAAGAAGCACAUGGGCUUUGUCUCCACGCUCCUGGGCAUCACCAUCGGCUUCACGGUUUAUGGGAUGGUUCUGACUUCUUUCCUCUGGUUCUCCAUCCACUUCAGCAACAACCUGGAGAGGAAAGGCAAAUACACCUUGCGAGGAAGGUAGAAGCCUGUCUCCCAGGCUUCCCAACCAGGCAGAUAAAACUGUCAGUGCAGGUCAGUGCCUGGAGUCCUCUACCAAACCUCUGGGUAGGUGUUGCAUUGCUCACCUGUGUGCAUUUCCAAGCUGCAUCAUCCGGGUGAAACUCUGCAGAACAGCAGUCCUGCAUCUUCACCAAAAAUGGAUGAGGACUGAGAUGCACCUGGGCUUGGAGAUGCAGGUUGCCUCCUCAAGAGAAGGAUGGGGUGUAGCACAAGGAGAACACACACAACCCCCUAGGACACGACCUAAAGGAAGUCUAUCCAAACUCACAGCAUUAAAACAAACUUCUGUGCUGUCAUAUGAGAAGUUUCCUGUGACCCCAGAAGAUGUGACUUCUCUAGGGCAAGAGCUUUGGACUGCAGCAUGGGACUGAUCUGCCAUUGGCAAAUACGUGUACGCUGGGUGUGGUACUGAAAAACAGGGAGCUGUGCUCUCCUACCUGGGACAAUGCUCAUCGUUGCCUUUGGAGAGGUUUCAGACCACCCCAGAAGUACAUCAGCACCCAACCAUCACUACAGUUUUUUCCCCUCUAUCAAAAUGUUGCUGGACUUCUUGGUAUAAGUUAAGAAUAAUCAGAAAGCAGUGUAUGAGUUUUGAAACAGCCCAGCAGAAUAAAGGACACAGGCCUCUGCAUCUCCCCUCUUGGAGUUUUUGGGACUCUUAGGAUUAGGUCAGCCUUCUAGAUGCUGCGCUAAUUUCAUGUGGGCUCCUUCAACGUACUGCCUCCAUUCUGUCUCUUUCUGGCUUCGCUAACCUACCACACUGCUGUGAAAUACAAAAGGACUUUGAUAUUGAACAUAUGCAGGGCUUGUGUUUAAAUUAAGGAGAAACAGACUGAUCUCCAGCCGUGUAAAACACAACAAUGUCCACUUCCUCUUCUCUCCUCCUUACCAACAAUAAGGAGGAAUUUGAAAAGCCUCAGCCAGCUGAACACCUCAGGCGAGCUGAAAUGAUGGCAUCCUGGUGUGCUUUGCCCUCGUUGCAAGGAGGCAGAGCCACUUCUGAGCUGAAAACCAUCACAGCAAUAGAUUUAGUUUCUGCUGGAAAGUCUGCUGAGCUGCAGCGACGGCAAAUGUCCGUUGAAGCAGCUUUCACCUCCCUCCUUCGUUGUGACAUUUACCUGUGAAAACAGUAAGUGGCAGUUGAGAUUGUCUCAGCUUCCGGAGAUGAUAUCAUCUCAUCUCAUCAAGAUAAAAGAGGAAAACCCCAUGCUGAUGUUCAGGACAGUUCCGGGCCCUCUGUGUGGACUGCUGCAUGUGUGAAAACAGUAUUUUAGCCUGCAGUCUCUCCCCAGACCUGGUUAGCAUUUGAACACGGUUGCAGAUGUUUUGUAUUGGAAAGAAUGGCAUCGAGAGAGGAAGAGCCAGGGCUCCUUGUCCCUCUCCCCUGGUACAAGCAGAGCUUUAAUGGAGGCUUUGGAGGCAAGAUCAAGUCCAAAGCACUGUGGAACAUCAUCCAGCUCUCUCCUGGCAGUCACCAGCCCCAUUCGAGCAGGAGUUUAGUGGUAAUGUGCUUACCAUGCAGCUGCACCUGCAAACAUAUCCACUUACUGGUGGUGGGAAGAGAUUCAGAGAUAUGUGUAUAGGGGUUCUUAAGUACAUCACCCUCCACAGAGACAGUCUCUACUGUGAGCUCUGGCUGUUAUUGUCAAGACUACUGCUGUUGUCAUUCCUCAGACCAGCUGGCAGCAGACACGACACCUGGUGUCCUCAAUAAAAACCGAUCUCUUGCUGAA